AUGACUGUGGCAGUCUCCGGGAAAUCGACAUGUAAACUCAAAGGGAAAUUUAAUUUAAACAGCUUCAAAAUGCCAGGAGAUGUGAUUCUCGGAGGGAUGUUUCCUAUUCACCACAGAGUCAAGUCCUCCAACGCAUCAUCGAGCACCACGCCAGAGUCUGUGGGAUGUGAGGGAUUCAACUUCCGAACUUUCCGUUGGGCCAGGACAAUGAUCUUCGCCAUUAAUGAAAUCAACAAGAACAACUUGAUUCUACCCGACGUACAGCUGGGUUAUACAAUCUAUGACUCUUGUUUCACCAUCUCCAAAGCCGUUGAAGGAACCCUGACUUACCUCACUGGACAAGACGAAGCCGUACCGAACUAUAGGUGCGGCACAGGUGCACCUCUGGCAGUCCUGAUUGGAGCCGGUGGAUCAGCCCUCUCUAUUGCAACCGCUAGGAUUCUGGGCCUGUAUUACUUUCCUCAGGUUGAUUAUUCUGCUUCCUGUUCGGUCCUAAGCGAUAAAUUUCAGUUCCCAUCCUUUCUCCGAACCAUACCCAACGAUAACUUUCAGUCCAGGGCUAUGGCGAAAUUUGUGAUGCACUUUGGGUGGGCUUGGGUGGGCACAAUAGCAUCAGAUGACGACUAUGGGAAAUACGGAAUAAAAGUCUUCAAGGAAGCGGUAGAGAAGGUUGGAGUGUGCAUCUCUUUCUCCGAAACUAUCCCCAAAGUUUACGCACGGGAUAAAAUAGUCCAGAUUGUGGAGACGAUUAAAGAAUCCACUGCCAAAAUCAUUGUGGUUUUCUCUGCUGAUAUCGACCUUAGCUCCUUAAUAGAAGAAGUGAUAAGACACAAUAUUUCGGGCAGAACAUGGAUAGCCAGUGAGGCCUGGGUAACCUCCGCUUUGAUCUCCAAAAGGGAAUACUCCUCACUUCUAGAGGGAACCAUUGGAUUUGGGAUUCGGAGAGCUGACAUCCAAGGACUGCGAGAUUUCCUCACCGAAUUAGAGCCCCAAAACAACUCAGAGAAACUGGUAACCGAGUUCUGGGAGAAAACCUUCGACUGCAUGUGGCCUGAAAAUGGUUUUACCAUGAGCAAAAUGCUUAGUUCCAAAUCGAUUGAAUCUAGCGAGAUGGAUGCAGCUGUCCGAAUCCAUGACAUCCCUCCACUCUCUCAGAGGUUCUGUACAGGCAAGGAGAAGCUGAAGGACAUUAACAAUACAUACUCCGACGUCAGCCAGCUCCGACUGACGUACAGUGUGUACAAAUCUGUCUACACUGUGGCACAUGCGCUUCACAACAUGCAUACCUGCAAACCUGGCAGUGGUCCUUUUGUAAAUGGGACAUGCGCAGACAUUCAAAAGUUUGAGCCGUGGCAGCUCAUGUAUUACCUGAAAAAUGUCCGUUUCACAAGCCUUAAUGGGGAAGAUAUCUAUUUUGAUAUAAACGGAGAUGUCAAGGCAGCAUAUGACAUUAUGAACUGGCGGAGGAGCCCUGAUGGCUACAUUUCCUACACACUAGUGGGAAGUUACAAUGAAUCUGCGGACUCAGACCAAGACAUGGUCAUUUACAAUGACUCUAUCAUUUGGAACAAUGAGCAGAUCACGCCUCCGGUCUCUCUGUGCAGUGAGAGCUGUCAGCCUGGCACCAGGAAGGGAAUUCGACAGGGAGAACCUGUGUGUUGUUUCGACUGCAUUCCAUGUGCUGAUGGUGAAAUAACCAACACAACAGAUGCCAGGGAAUGCAUUGAGUGUCUCGAGGAUUACUGGUCAAACGAGAAGCGAGAUGAGUGUUUGCACAAAGAUAUUGAGUACCUGGGUUACAAUGACCCAUUGGGAAUCGCGCUGAUCGUGCUGUCUAUACUGGGAGCCUGUGUGACUGCGGCUGUGGGGGCAGUUUACCUGGUUCGCCGGGACACUGCGCUCGUCAAGUCGAACGAUCGAGGGUUGAGCUUCCUGCUCUUGUUCUCGCUGGUCAUAAGCUUUCUCAGCUCCGUCUUCUUUGUCGGCCAGCCGCAAAACUGGUCUUGCAUGACCCGGCAAGUCCUCCUGGCCCUGAGCUUCAGCGUCUGCCUCUCGUGCAUGUUGGCCAAGGCCUUUGCCCUGAUGCUCGUAGCCAGAGCGGCCAAAGCACCAGAAAAGACUGAGCAAAAAGCCGCAGGACACCUCCAACAGAGGGUCAUCGCCUCCAUCUUUAUAUUCUGCCACGCUUGCCUCUGCCUGGCCUGGCUGCUCAUCUUCCCUCCCCACCCCCUCAAGAAUACCCUCUCUCAGAAUAUCAAGAUCAUUCUGGAAUGCAGCGAGGGCUCGGUGGUGUUCCUGUGCUGUGUGCUUGGCUAUGACCUGCUCUUGGCGGCCAUUUGCUUCAUCUUUGCUUUCAUAGCUCGCAAAUUGCCCGAUAACUUUAACGAAGCUAAGUUCAUGACCUUCGCCCUGCUCGUCUUUUUCAUUGUCUGGAUUUCCUUCAUCCCGGCUUACCUCAGCACCCGAGGGAAGUACAUGGUGGCUGUGGAAAUAUUCGCCAUCCUGGCUUCCAGCUUUGGGAUGCUGGGCUGUCUGUUUCUUCCUAAAUGUUAUAUAAUUCUACUGAAGCCGGAGAGGAACACAGAAGAAUUGGUUACGGGCAAAACCAAUGGCAACGAUAAGAGCGCUCCACUCACCUCUCAGUCACUGAGCACAUCAGGAGUGAGCACCACCUGCUCAACUGUUGCUCUGGAUUAA